AAUACAAAUAUAACAAUUCACAACAUCACAAACUUAGCUCUCUCUCUCUCUCUCUCAAAAUGGCAAGUUUCAGUAGCUCCGGCGAAUUCUCCAGUUCCGACAGUCAUCGCCGCUGCAUUCCGCCCACAUUCAAAAGCAUGGGUGAUGAUAGCAUUAGCAGCAGAUCUUCUUCUUCUUCUGAUUUAGAAUCCAAAGAAAUUUAUGGUGGAAUGGAGAGAAAUAGAGCUGCUGCUCCUCAACUUCGGAAAAGGACUUGUGAAGAAGCUAAGGAGGCAUUCUUCCGUGGUAUUUCUGGGCGAACGAGAUCCAACAGAGAUGCGUGCAUAGGGGUGAAUCCUUUGAGCUCUGCUAGUACAACAAAGAGGAAGAGACAAGAGAUGCCAACUCCAAGUGUUGGAGGGCAAACAAAAACACCAGGCUUUUCUUGGAAAAAACCAUUUGCAUCUGUGGAAAUAUCCCAUGAGGAUGUCAGCCAUCGAAGAGUUCGUGUUGAAGAAGGAGAUGUUGCGCUUAUCGAUAAAGCUGAAUUCAUUAGUCGGAAAUCAUUUUCAUUGACAAAGAUAAGGUCCUCCGGCAAGGGAAGUUUGAAGGGAGGUUCUUCGUCACACAAACCGAUCUCCAUUAUCCUACUAGAGAGUGACAGCGAUGAAGAUAUGAUGGCUGAGGAUAUUGAGAUCCAUACAUUUGAUGAAACCGAAGUCGGUUCUGCUGCUCGUUUAAACAAAAAUGUUGGGGGGGCCAGUGCAAGAAAAGACGCAGUUUCUGCUCAUCAUUCUAUGACUUUCACUCCUAGAGACUAUUUCACUGGUUUUGACACAUUAGCAGAUGACUCGACUACAUUGGCGGAUAAAGCCAACAACAAUGUAGGUAAGAGUUUCAGGGAGAUUACAAGUAAGAGAAAUAUCGAAGGUCUGCUUAAGAAAAGCAAAUCUCCAUAUUUACAAGCUGACAGGAGUGGAUCAUCUGCACAAAAGGUGAACAGAGAUGAAUAUAGGAAUUAUGAAAAGGUUGGAAUUGAGAGAAUCAGUGAAUCAGAUUUUAAAAAGAGGAAAAUACUUUCAAAGAAUGGAUCCUCAAACAGUAAGCAACAAGACGAAGGUAUUGCUACCACUUCUGCAAAGAAUGUCAGAAGAGUGAGUGAAAAGAUACCAUCAUUUGUCAAGAAUGAUGGAAACAAGAGAAAAGAUUUUGACUCUUCAUUGAAGCGAAGAGGUGAUGCAUGGAAUCAUAAUGUUGUUGAUGCUGACGAUGUGGAUAAAAGCUCGUAUGAAUUUCUUUGCUCAUCCUCAAGCUCUGAGUCCAGCAGUGAUGAUGUAAAAAAGAGAGAAGAUUCUGACUCGUCAUUGAAGAGAAGAGUUGAAGCAUGUAAUCAUAAUGUUGAUGAUGAUGAUGAUUAUGUGGAUAAAAGCUCAGAUGAAUUUCUUUGCUCUGAGUCCGGCAGUGAUGAUGUUAGUACAUCUACACAAGACUCUGAAGACAGCUCAUAUGAUCCAGAGCUGGAGAUGGGUGUUGGUCGAAAGACGGGGAGAAGCAAGAAGGCAUCUUCACCACCUACUAAUAGUGAUUCUGGCAGUUCUCUUGAUGCAGAUGUUGAAGUGGGGAGCUCUCAUAGCGAAGUAGAGUGGUUGAACCCGCCUCAUGAUGCAUGCAACGUCCUAGAAGAAAGUGAAGAAUUGGAUGAACUUUUUUAUUACAAAUCUGAUGCAGAAGAGGGAUUGAACGAGACAUGCUCUAAGCAACCGAACAAUGAAAAGGGCCAAUCACAGGAAUGGACAACGGGGCCAAAAGAGGUGGCUCCUACCACCGACUCAAAAUAUGGCUCUGAUCAUUGUGAUGAUGAUGGUGAUGAUGAGGAGGAGAAGGAAAGAACUGAAGCAAUCAGUUCAGAUUUUCCUGCCCGUGCUAAGGCUACAAAAGAGAGCUUGGCUGUGGAAACGAAAGUGCCAUCUGGACCAAAGGAGGCAGCUCUUCCCUCACACUUAAGAGAUGGCUGUGAUCAUUGUCGUGGUGCUAAGGAAAGAACAGAAGACUCACAUGCUCGGGCUAAGAAAAAGACCCCGGACAUGGCUAUGGAAAAGAAAGUGCCAUCUGGACCAAAGGAGGCAGCUAUUCUCUCACACCUAAGAGAUGGCUGUGAUCAUAGUCAUGAUGGUGCUAAGGAAAGAACUGAAGACUCACAUGUUAGGGCUAAGAAAAAGACCCCGGGCAUGGCUAGGGAAACGAAAGUGCCAUCUGGGCCAACGGAGGCAGCUCUUCCCUCACACUUAAGAGAUGGCUAUGAUCAUAGUCAUGAUGGUGCUAAGGAAAGAACUGAAGACUCACAUGUUCGGGCUAAGAAAAAGACCCCGGGCAUGGCUAGGGAAACGAAAGUGCCAUCUGGGCCAACGGAGGCAGCUCUUCCCUCACACUUAAGAGAUGGCCAUGAUCAUAGUCAUGAUGGUGCUAAGGAAAGAACUGAAGACUCACAUGUUCGGGCUAAGAAAAAGACCCCGGGCAUGGCUAGGGAAACGAAAGUGCCAUCUGGGCCAACGGAGGCAGCUCUUCCCUCACACUUAAGAGAUGGCUAUGAUCAUAGUCAUGAUGGUGCUAAGGAAAGAACUGAAGACUCACAUGUUCGGGCUAAGAAAAAGACCCCGGGCAUGGCUAGGGAAACGAAAGUGCCAUCUGGGCCAACGGAGGCAGCUCUUCCCUCACACUUAAGAGAUGGCUAUGAUCAUAGUCAUGAUGGUACUAAGGAAAGAACUGAAGACUCACAUGUUCGGGCUAAGAAAAAGACCCCGGGCAUGGCUAGGGAAACGAAAGUGCCAUCUGGACCAAAGGAGGCAGCUCUUCCCUCACACUUGAGAGAUGGCUAUGAUCAUAGUCAUGAUGGUGCUAAGGAAAGAAUCAAAGACUCACAUGUUCCGGCUAAGAAAAAGGAGGCUACUCCUAGUUCCCAGUCAAAAGACGACCAUGAUCAUAGUCAUGAUGAGACUAAGAAAAGAACCGAAGCAGGACAGGCUUCUGAUUCACAUAUGCGUGCUGGCAUAGCUAGUGAAAAGAAGGUCCGCUACAGACCAACGAAGGCAGCUACCCCCUCCCACUCAGAAGAUGUCUGUGAUCAUACUGAUGGGGAAAAAACUGAAACAGGUUCACGUGAUAAUUCUUGGACUGAUGCCGUACCCAUGGCUAGUGAAACUGAGGUGCCGAGGGAAGGAAAGAAAUCAUAUCCAAAAGGAGUCAAGGAGUUAUGCAGCAUGCUUGCAAAUGCUGUAUUGGGAAAUGGACAAUUUCCUACGGACAAGGAAAUAUAUGAAGAAGCUAAGCAGGGACUUGCACCUCCAACUCCAUAUACUCUUCCACUGAAGUUCAGAUUUGAAGAUGAGGUACCCAAACCGGUGGAGAAAACGGAUUAUGAGAAGGAGAUUGACAACUUAUUUUACGAUCUAGACUGUUGUUGGGCUUUGGAUGAAGUGCAACCCCUUGACUACCCCAAGGAUAACUUAGAAAAUGAAAAUCCUCCUCAUGAAGAAACUCAACACAAAAGAUGUUCUAAAGGGGAACAUGACUUGGUCCUAGAAGAUGAUGAAGGACUAGUAUGUAAAUUUUGCCGUUUUCAAGCCCUUGGACCGAAGGAUAUUAUGCCUGAAUGGGUGGAAAGACCUUACAGGGACUCGGAAAGAAAACAAAGGCAUGAAACAGAAGAUCUCUUUGAGUUUGAUGAUCUUCAUAUAUCAACCAAUGAUGCUGAUGCUGCUGGAAGCAGUAGAAAUGCUACUGGUACAGUAUGGAACAUCAAACCAGGUGUAAGAGAUAGUAUGUAUGAGCACCAGCGUGAAGGCUUUGAGUUUCUGUGGAAAAACCUGGCAGGAAGCAUCGAUCUUGAUGAACUGAAGAGCACCAAGCCAGCUGGAGUGGGUGGAUGCAUCAUUUCCCAUGCUCCGGGGACUGGGAAGACGCGUUUGACUAUGGUCUUCAUCGAGACAUACUUCAAACUGUUCCCAGGCUGCAGGCCAGUGAUCAUUAGCCCAGCCAGCACUCUCCUCAACUGGGAAGAAGAGUUCGAGAAAUGGAAUGUUGAGUUCCCCUUCCAUAACUUGAGCAAUACUGAAUUCUCUGGUAAGGAGAGCAAGGCUCUUGUUGAACGUAUAUCUCAAAAAAAAAGGAAUAAUACUACUACGCGUAUGAUCAAGAUAUUGAGCUGGAGCAUGGUAGGGGGCAUUCUAGGAAUCAGCUACACCUUGUUUGGGAAGCUAGCCGGAGAGGCAACAGAGAACAAGUUAUUACGGAGAAUACUGUUGGAGGCACCUGGAUUGGUUGUUCUUGAUGAAGGGCACACUCCUCGAAAUUCUAGGAGUAACAUUUGGAAUGCUCUCCUCAAGCUUAAAACUGAGAAGAGGAUCAUUCUUUCUGGAACUCCUUUCCAGAACAAUUUUAGCGAACUCUUCAACACACUCCGUAUAGUAAGGCCAGCAGUUGCAGAUGUGUUAGCACAAGAAAAGAUGUUUGCUGAAGCGGCUGUGCCAAAGAGAACGUCUUGGAGCAGUAGAAACAAAAAUAAGAGGGAGCAUGCACAGUCUUCUUUGAUUUCAGAACGUGCUUUGCAGCAUCUAAAAGGUUGCAUGUUGCCCUUCGUUAAUCUACACACAGGCACCAUCCUCAAGCAGAGCCUGCCCGGUUUGAGAGACUGUGUUAUCCUUCUCAAACCCCCAGCACUGCAGAAGAGUGUGAUUGAGACAAUAGAGGACUCCAGCAACUUCAAGUAUGAACAUGAGGUUAGUAUGCUAUCCGUGCACCCAUAUCUGUUGAUGAAAUGUGUAACAACAGAAAGUAGAAAGACUGGGAUUGACAUGGCUGCAGUUGAGGCUUCCGAGCUUAAUCCCCAAGAAGGCGUCAAGACCAAGUUUCUCAUGGAGCUAAUUCGCCUCUGUAUGGCUGUGAACGAGAAAGUACUCGUAUUCAGCCAGUAUCUUCAACCUCUUAUGCUUAUAAAGGAGCAGUUGAAAGAAGUGUUCAAAUGGGCUGAAGACAAGGAGAUUCUUACUAUGCAAGGGAAGCAAACACAAAAAGAGCGGCAGAUCUUGAUUAAUCUGUUCAAUAAUUCGGAAAAUGGAUCCAAGAUCAUGCUUGCAUCGACCAAGUGCUGUGCAGAGGGGAUAAGCUUGGUUGGGGCCUCAAGGGUGGUAUUGUUGGAUGUAGUCUGGAACCCCUCGGUUGAAAGGCAGGCGAUAUGCCGUGCUUAUAGGAUCGGGCAGAAGAAGUUCGUCCACACCUACCAUCUUAUGACUUCCGGAACAAAAGAGGAUGACAAAUACUGCAGGCAAGCUGAGAAGGAGCGUUUAUCUGAGCUGGUCUUCUCAUCUUCAAAAACCAACCAACAGAAACAGGCAUCUUUAGCUAUUGAGGACAGGAUUCUAGAGGCUAUGGUUGCUCAUGAAGGUCUUAAAGAUAUGUUUGAAAAGAUCAUCAACCAGCCCAAAGAGACCAACCUAAUUGAAACAUUUGGUCUCACAAAUUGAGUCAAGCUACCAUUGUCUAGUUUCUUAUUGUUUCAAGCCACUCUAUUAAAGCUCUCUUCCAACAGUCUAGUUUUCAGAUUCUUGCUGCAGCUUAACACAUGCAUAUCUUCAGCAUCAAAUCCACAUCGCCCAGCUAAACUUCAGCAUAUUUUCAUCAGUGGACCAUUGAUACAUUGCAUUUAUUCAACUGUUCAUGUUUGUGUUUCUGUAUCUAGCCACUAUUGAUUCAUAAUGCAAGUCUUUUGUUUUGUA